UAAAAGCAACAUGAAAUAUGAUUUAGUACCGAAAGGUGGCGACAUUGGGUUGUAAUUCAUCCAGACCCGUGCCGUGCUCAGUUUGACCACGUCCAUCUUCCCCACACACUCCCUUUUUCUGUAUUAAUUUAUGUGAUUAUAUGUGGAAUAUCGACUGUUUUUCUGUCAAUUUUAUGUGCAACAUAGUAUUAACCUGUAGCUCAGUGGAUCCCGCUGAGAUGUAUUAGGAUCCAUGUAAUUCCUUACAUUUUGAGAAGAGUGAAACAGGUGUGGUUUAAACUCGAGUUUAACUCCUUUCAUUUUAAAUAUUCCUAUAUGAGAUGACAUGAGCAUUGUACUGCCAAAUCAUCGCACUGAGUUAGAGUUAGAUUAAACAGACAAUUCAGAAAAAAACAAUUGUUAAGAAAUAUAUGAUUAUUAAUUCAAACUAAAUUAUAUUGUAAUGAGAUUAAUAUGAUGAUGUCUGAAGAUUGAAUGUACAUUAAACUUAACGAUUUCCUAUAAAAUAAAUAUUCAUCUGUAUAUUUACCAUCGGGCAUAUUUUGUCAAUCAUCCACACCUGUUUCACUUUACUGGCUUUUGUUCUUCUCCAUGCAAAGUGACAAACGAAUGAAUAUUUAGCGGCAUAUGGCACAAGGCAAUGUGCUUGGACAGUUCGGCAAACUUUGGUUUCUAUACUAUUAUGCUAAUUGCGUCCCCAGGCCGAGCUCCUCAUUGGCUGAGUCUCGGACGAUUUCAUAUUUCAGUCCUGACGUCAGGGCGCCUAUAAAAAUAAGCAAUGCUUUUUAACUCGUCGGCUGACUGAUAUCAGCAUUAGGGGGGGGGGGGAGAAAACUAUCAAUCCUAGGGUGGAGGCUUUUUCUCUCCACAAAGCAACUGUUUGCCCGGGACACGUGCGUGAGCCUCCUCAAUUUGGCGCACUAAUCCUAAAAGGAGCCAUGAAGUGUUAAAUGGUAGAAACACAGACAGCGGCGCUCAGACACCCGCACGCUGGGAGAGAGGGAGGAAACAGCGCUGCUCCAAUGCGUCUGUGCAACACAGACUGAAGGAAAAAAACUUAUCGACUCACAAAACCAGAACCUGCGCUGCGCAAUUAGUGCGUGAAAAUCCACUUUUUCUCCGGUUUUGAAGAAAAUAAAUAAAGAAAUCAAGCUGGCUCAGUGCGUGUCUCAACAGCCCACUUUGACAGGUGCUCCUCACCCCCUUUGGAGGACUGUCAGCAGCAAGAGGAUGGCAUCAGAGCUGGCAAUGAGCAACUCCGACCUGCCCACCAGUCCCCUGGCCAUGGAAUAUGUUAAUGACUUCGAUCUGAUGAAGUUUGAAGUGAAAAAGGAGCCGGUGGAGCCCGAUCGCAGCAUCAGCCAGUGCAGCCGCCUGGUCGCCGGGGGAUCCCUAUCUUCCACCCCGAUGAGCACGCCUUGCAGCUCGGUUCCCCCCUCGCCAAGCUUCUCGGCGCCCAGUCCGGGAUCAGGGAGCGAGCAAAAGGCGCACUUGGAGGAUUUCUACUGGAUGACCGGGUACCAACAGCAGUUGAACCCCGAGGCUCUGGGCUUUAGCCCGGAGGACGCCGUAGAGGCGCUGAUCAGCAACAGUCACCAGCUCCAGACCUUCGAUGGCUAUGCCAGGGGGCAGCAGUUCGGCGGCGCAGCGGGGCCAGGAGGCACCAUGGCCGGGGAGGAGAUGGGAUCAGCGGCCGCCGUGGUAUCCGCGGUCAUCGCUGCAGCCGCAGCCCAGAACGGGAAUCCCCACCACCACCACCACCAUCACCACCACCACCACUCAGGGGCACACCAUUCCUCCUCCGGGUCCCAGUCCAGCGGCGGCGUGGGGGGGAGCCACCAGCACCUGCGCUUGGAAGACCGGUUCUCGGACGAGCAGCUGGUGACGAUGUCGGUGCGGGAAUUGAACCGGCAGCUGCGGGGGGUCAGUAAAGAAGAGGUGAUCCGCCUGAAACAGAAGAGGAGGACGCUAAAGAACAGAGGCUAUGCCCAGUCCUGCCGGUACAAGCGGGUCCAGCAGCGGCACGUCUUGGAGGGAGAGAAGACGCAGCUCAUUCAGCAGGUGGACCACCUCAAGCAGGAGAUCUCCCGGCUGGCCAGGGAGAGGGACGCCUACAAGGAGAAAUACGAGAAGCUGAUCAGCACCGGCUUCAGAGAAAACGGAGGAUCGAGCAGCGACAACAACCCCUCAUCCCCGGAGUUUUUCAUGACGUCGAGAAAAUUCCUCCAUCUGUGAUAAAGAGCUGUGACUCUUCCGUCCCACUAUCCUGGAGUAUCAGAUAUCAUGGUACUGGAAUGCUGAUGUUUCAAGAGCAACCUACGGCACCAAGACUGCCAUAAAGCACAAUGUCUCAAAAGCGUCCACACAGCGGCUUCAGGGCAAACCACAACCACCCGAAGCCACGGUUCAAUACUGAA